AUGGAUCUCGCAUAUGAUCAUAUCCAAGAGGAAGCUCUCCAACCUGAUCAAAACAAGGAUAAGACGUCGCAACCCGCUCCAACUCUCAAUGCCGACUUUCAAGAAGCAUACAAAGCUAUAUCUUCUAGUCCUUGGGGCGCAAAAUUAGGUGGAUUUUUUGGAAGUGUAGUUAAACAGGGCGGGAAUGUUUAUAAGGAGGCUCAGCAGGAGUUUAGUAAUGUCAGUGAGGAAGCUACCAAAGGGUUUACAGACCUGAGAUCCUCGAUUAUUAGUCGCACUCGAGGACUUACCGUUACACAAGCUCAGGAGGAUGCGAAAGCCGCGGCGGGGUCUACAAGUAAGGAAGGGAGAUCAACUGCGGAAGAUAUAACAACAGAUGAAGCAUUGAAAGAAUCAGAAGGAGUUUUGGCAAGAUUAAAAUCAGAGGCUGCUAAGAGAUUGGUGGAGAUUCAAAAAGCGGAAGAUGCUGCAGAUGAAGCGCUCCUUAAGUUUGGAACCAACAUUCGAAAUUUCUUGAAAGAUGCGGUUAGCAUUGCACCACCUACGUCGGAUGCAAAUGGACAAGCCAAUGCAGUUUUAUUCGAGAGUAAAGACUCUCAAGGGAAAAGAGUCAUUCAUACUACACGAUUUGAUGCUCAACUUCACGUCAUCCACUCUACACUUGAUAGUUUUACCACCGAUCCAAUCAGCGAGGAAUUUGGACCAUGGGCUAAGAAUUUCAGUGUUGAGAAAAAGACGGAUGAUAUCAGUAAGGAUUUGGAAAAAUAUAAAGAAUUAAGAAGCUCAAUGGAGAAGUUGGUGCCGGAUCAAGUUAAAUAUGAGGAUUUCUUCAAACGUUACUAUUUCCUUCGUCACAGUAUUGAAACUGCCGAAGCUAAAAGGAGAGAUUUACUCAAAGGCGCCGUAGCAACUGAACAAGAAGAAGAAGUAAAAUGGGCGUCCGAUUCCGAAGAAGACUCAGAAGAAGAUUCCGACGAUGAAGAAUCUGAAGAUGGCAAAACUACAAAAGUAAAGACAACUUCCGAUAGACCAGGUUCCGCCGGAUCCUCUACAACUUUACAUGCGGCAACACAAGAAAAGGCAAAGGCAACUGAAACUACAACUCCCAAACCUAGAAAGUCUAACGAUGAAAAAUCUCAAGCGGACAGUGAUGGUAGUUAUGAUGUAGUGGGUGCAGCUUCGGGCGUUCCUAGUAGGGCUCCUAACAGUCCAAAAGAGAAGGCUGCAAAAGCAGAUGCAAAGAAGAAUGAGGAGAGUGGUGAGGAUGACAGCGAGGAGGAAGAUUGGGAAUAA